GUGACCACGCUGCCGUUUUUGCGGAGCACGCCGGCGAGCUGCCGACGAAUGACCGUUGCGGAGGUGAAGGCGCUAGGUCCCAAGCAGAAGGUGGGAGAGGUUCGCGGACAAGUGCGUCUCGGCGGCGCCGCCAGCAGAGUGGUUCAGGUCAACCAGGCAGACUGCGAGCUGAGGGAGGUGAGGAUCUCCGACGGGACGGGUGAGGUCAAGGUGACGCUCUGGGACAGCUUCGUCGGCCAGGUCGAGGAAGGCUUGUCCUACGCAUUCACGAACCUUUCUACACGGGACAGAGAGGGCUUCAUUAGCUUAUGCACCGGUCCGACGAGCUCCAUCGAGGAAAUCGCAAACUUGGCCGUCCCGGAGGAAGGAGGGGGCGACAAGAGCGACACCUCAACGGCGCUUUUCAGCGCCACCGUAAAGGGCAUCGAGGUCAGGAUCGUUCGGAAGUGCUCGAGCUGCCGCUUCGUUCAGAGGCAGUUCGUGGAGCGGUCCGUGACGCACAGGUGCGAGGGUUGCAGGCUCAAGCAGGGGGCCCUGUCGUUUUGCCCGUCUUUUGCGGGAAAGGCCGUCUUAUCGACUGCCGGCGCGGAACACAGCGUGACGCUGACCAGCUCGGUGCUGUCCUCGUACCUGCGCGCCGCCGGACUCGGCGGCAUCUUCAACGCGCGGACGCAAUAGAGGACCACUUUCUCCAGUCGGCGUUUGACCUGAAGGUCAGUGUCGACGGCUUUCUUGUAUCCAUCCAUCCUGCGGACGAGAGUGGCGGUUCAGGCACGGCAGAGCUGUGGGACGUCGACGAGGCAGAGGACGCGCUGCCGUUAAAGGAAGACCAGGCGGGGCAAGGCGGCACGGCGGCUGCUGGUCCGUU